AUCUUGAAUAAUAUAAUGUUAUUUUGAAAAUGAAACUUCAGCGGUAACUUGCCAUCUAUAUAUUCUUACAGCCUAUGAGAGCUUUCAAAAUUCCAAGCAGCAUCGUACCAAGUACAACCUGUUCAUCAUCCACCCUCCGUAAAAGAACGUCAAUAAUACAUCAUGUAAGGCAAGAGGUUUCUGGUGGGAGAGAGGCAGCCGAUACUCAACAGCAACAUGAAGUUUCCCAAUCUGCAAGCAUCACAGGGAUCUUGGGCCCACAACCCCUCCAUAUUCCAUCAAGAGACAUUAUGGAGCUGAAAAGCUUCUUCAGCUUGAGUUGGAGAAAGCUACGACGUUUGAAGAGCUGGCUAAAAGAACGGAGAAUUUCUACAGGAAAUGAGAGGGAAGUGAGGAGACUCCAAGAUGAUGUGGUAAAAAACAACAUUACCGGGGAACUGUUGCCUCUCCAACAAGGCUCAAGUGAGACUGGCAUGGAAAUUAAGGAGACCCCGGUAGUAACAGUAAGCAGCCUCAGUGCCCUUGUCAAGGACUUACUAGAGGAAUAUGAUCGAGGGAAAACCAUGAAAGUCUUUGCCUUCGGCGACUAUGAAUAUCUGACCCGCAUGUAUGGACUCACUGGCCCCAAUGGCCGUCAUUGCUGUCUCUACUGUGAGAUGACCAAGAAGGAAAUGGCUGACCCACCAAUGGCUGUCCCCCGUCAGCGAAGCCUGCAGACCCUCAAGGAAUCCCUGAACCACUUCAAAACCUGUGGCAUCCCAAAGGAAUCUAAUAACGUCAUCAGAUCCCCAUUCUUUGACAUUCCAAUAAAUAGGGUCUGUCCUCCUGGGCUCCAUAUCUCCCUCGGGGUCUUCUUGAAGCACUUCAACUCGCUCUGCCAAGCAUGUCACACUCUGGACCUGGAGAUUGGCCAGUCCUUGGCAAAAAGUCCUACAGACCAACUGGAAGCAAAAGAGGCCUUCAAACAGCAGCUGAAGAAGCUGAGUCUCCAGUCAAGACUGAAGCUUGCUGAGGAAGAACUCCACGACCUCAUGGACCAGCACAUGAUGGUUGGACUUCUUUACCCUGAAGCUGAACCGCCCACCCUCAUCCUGGAAAUGGCUGAAGAGAAGAAGAGAGAGAAAGUUACACUGGAGAAGGAAAUAGGCAAAAUACCAGAAAUGACAGUUCACUCUGGACCAACUAAUGUUGGUCUAGAAGAAGCACUACAGCAGUUGAGAGUGAGCAGACAGGCGUACCAUGGUCGUUCAUUUGUAGGGAACCAUGUACAUAAAUGUUUACAGCCUGAGAACACUGAUCUGAUCACUGCUGCUAUAUCAAAGAAGGUACAGUCACUCUGCCCCAACGACCGGGACCUCAUCCAGAAGGCAGAAGAUAUCGCCAGCAAGUAUAAUACUUUGCUAAAGCUGUUCGGGGCAUGCCACCGGGGUAUAAACACGGGUACUUUCCUGGACGACUCAGUCAUCGACAAGCUGGACAAAGACAUCAAAGAGUAUAUGUUGUUCUACCGUCAGAACUUCCCCACAGAGAGCGUGACCCCCAAACAGCAUCUAUUGCAGUAUCAUGUCAUCCCCUGGUUCAGAGACUGGAGAGCAAGCCUUGGGAUGAUGGGUGAACAAGGGGGAGAGUCGGUCCACUGCCAACUCAACAACAUUUCAAGAGAUUUGAGGGGCUACAACGAUGACCUCAAACUCAAUAUACAAUGUGUAAAAAAUCAGUGGAUAUUAAGUAGCCCCUCAAAUUACAAUAAGUUCAGUUAGAUCCACUCUAAAUACCCUCUCAAUCUCGGAGUAGAGAAGUAGAGAAGUGUACACUGAAUUCUAUGUAUACAGAGCUUGUGGGGUCUUUA